AUGUUGAUGCUAACUAGACGAUAUUUUUCAUCAAAAUAUUUUUCAACUCCACUUGUACGUUUCAUUGAUGAUCUUCAAAAAAGAGAUCUUAUUGUCCUCACACAUCCAAUGUUUCCUUUCAAAGAGCAAGAUAUACUAUCCUAUGCUUCAUCUUUGCCCAAUGUUCUUUACGCUGGUUUUGAUGCAACUGCUAACAGUUUACAUAUUGGAAAUUUGCUUAUAUUGACAUCAUUGAUUAGAUCAUCUCAAUUUGGAUGUACUCCUUUAUUAUUGAUAGGAGAAGGAACGGCUGCUGUAGGUGACCCGAGCGGACAAACUGGAGAUAGGCAACAAAUAUCGAGGGAUGAAUUGAAAGAAAAUGCUAGAUUUUUGACUGAACAACUGCAUAAAAUAAUGGAAAAUGCCAAUACAUUGUCUGGAUCAAAACCUCUUCCCUUCAAAAUUUUAAACAAUAUUGACUGGUAUAAAGAGACUACAAUGCUCGAUUUUCUUAUGUCUAGUCGUAGAUUUAGAGUUGGUGAUAUGCUCAGAAUUGGACCAGUCAGAAAUCGAAUGGACAAUGAACAAACACUUUCAUUUUCAGAAUUUACUUAUCAAAUACUUCAAGCAAAUGAUUGGUUAUUUUUGUCACAAAAGUAUGAUUGUCUUUUUCAGUUGGGAGGUUCUGAUCAAUUAGGCAACUUUAAAACUGGUUUUGAAAAUGUUCGAGCAGAAACAGGAAAACAAUCUUUGGGAAUUUGUGUUCCCCUUUUAACUGAUGGAAAUGGCAAUAAAUUAGGAAAAUCAGCUAAAGGAAUUGCUGGAUCAGGUUUUUGGUUAAGUGCUGAAAAAUCUUCUCCCUUUGCUUUCUAUCAAUAUUUUAGACAACUUCAUGAUGAUAUAUCAGCACAACUUCUUUUACAAUUUUCUCUUAAAGAGGUUGAAGAAAUUUUGCAAAUUAUCGAAGAACACAACAAUAAAUUGGGAAAAUGGAUAGCCCAAACACAUUUGGCUGAUGAGAUGACAAGUUUGGUACAUGGACAUGAAGGAUUAGAAUUAGCAAGGAGAUGUUCACAAUUACUUUUUAAUGGAUCCCUAGAUGAUCUCGAAAAGCUUGAAUCUGAGACGGUAAAAGGCUUAUUUGGGGAAGCGUCAACGUUCAAUAUCCCUAAGAAUUCUGUUAAAACACUUGGUGAAGUAGCAGAAAUAACAAAACCAGGUGGAGCACAACUGAUGACAAAGGGAGCACUGAAGAUAAAUGGUGUAAGGAUUAGUGACCCUAAUCAAAAAUUGGAUGUAGAAAAGUUUUUGUUAAAAAACCAAUUUUCUCUUAUUUGUUGGGGAAAACGAAAGUUUUCUUUAAUACAAUGGUUAUAA